AUUUUAAUUUACUACGCAUACAGCAUAAACAUUUACCUGAAUAUAAUAACACAAACUAUGCACAAAGCCUUAGCUGCAACACCUGUUCCGAGUCUGGCCUUAAUUUAGUGGGUUAACUUUUUACUGUCCACAUGCAACAAUGUGGACUGGAUACUAGGCCAUUCCUUCCAGAUCGAUGUCUGGAAACUUCAGCCUCACCUCAACUCGACAAAAGGGGAAAAGAAGAAUCAGAUGAGACCACGAGGCUUCACUGAGGUCACCGAACACCACAUGCGACCAAAACGCUUCCAGAAUCCUUUCCACGGCAAAGAGGCAGAUCUUAAUCUCUCCCGAAACAUCUAAUGCUUCUGUGGGGGAAACCACAAGGGUAAUCUUUCACGCUCGUCCCAGGAGAUAAAACAACUUCCCGCUUUAGGCAACAUCAUUCAAGCUGAAGGGGUUUCAACUUGGCCUCCGAGAGAGAUAUUCAAUCCCACAGAUAAAAGAAAAAAGCAAACUAAACCAUGACAUUGGCGCAGCUCUUGACAAUACUGUGUCUGUUUUUGCUCACUGGAGUUCUGGUAUUUUCUCAAGACUACGAAGAAACCAACUAUUCAGACUACGACACGGACGCCAUCUCUCUGCCUGAAGCUCCACCACUUUCUGUAACUCAACAACCCGAUUAUGAUUCCCAAUUAAUAUAUUCAUACGACUGUGCCAGAGAGUGUUUCUGUCCCUCGUCUUAUCCCUUCGCCAUGUAUUGCGACCACCAAAAACUCAAGGAAGUUCCCAACAUCCCAAGGCACAUCCGCCACUUGUACAUCCAGCAUAAUGACAUAGAAGAGAUCACCUCAAAGCCUUUCAUCAACGCCACGUCCCUGAGGGAAAUCAACCUCAGCUACAACAAGCUCCAGUCAUCUAAGGUGGAUAAGGAUGUCUUCAAAAGGCUCAAAGACCUUACGCAGUUACACCUUGAGCAUAAUAAUCUGGAAGACAUCCCUUCUCCUUUGCCAAAAACUCUUAAAAGGCUUCAUCUGGGAUUCAAUAAAAUUUCAAAGAUAGCGGCUGACGCUACACGAGAGCUUACAAAACUUACAGUGCUGGACUUGGGCAGCAACAGACUAACAGAUGCAAGUAUUAAAGGCAAGAUUCUAUCUGGCAUGAAGAGCCUCAUGCAAAUCAUCCUGUGCAACAAUAAGCUGAAAUCCAUGCCAGCAGACCUUCCAGAAUCGAUUCAGCAGAUAUCUCUGGAAAACAACUCAAUAGUCUCUAUACCCGAGGGUUACUUCAAGAAGACUCCCAAUCUCGUGUCCCUGAGAAUGCCGCACAAUAAACUCAAGUCUGUUGCAUACAAUGCCUUUAAUCUGUCCAAGCUAAUGGAGCUCCAUUUGGGUCAUAACCAGCUCUCCAAACCGUUUUUUGUUCCCAGGAACUUGGAACAUCUGUAUCUAAAUCACAAUGACUUUAAAGAUCUGAAUAUCUCUCUAAUGUGUCCAUCACUGGAUCUUGGCCACCCAAAUAUGCUGACCUACAUUCGUCUGGACAACAAUAAGCUGAGCGGACCAGUGGACUACUACGCUUACAGAUGUUUCCCAAGGCUGAUCAUGAUAUUUUAUGGACACCAAAGGAAAGACGAUGAAGAUGACUCUGAGAAAUCUCCCAAAAAAUACGAAAAACCUGACCGACCAAAAAAGCCCGGAGGAAGCAAGGCUAUUGACACAGAGGUCUGAGAUGUGUCAUGCAUAGUUCGACAAACCAACCGAUUCAAUAUUCACUUCAAGUAAAUCAAGAUGAUUGAAAUAUUAUUAAAAACAUAUAUUAGUAACUUUAAAUCUUCCAUUCCUUGUUGGUUGAAAAUUCUAUUUGACUUUAUGCAUGAACGUGUUUAAAAUGAGUUGCCAUUUACAGAAAAUUAGCUUUUUUUUAUUACUUUUUGCUCCAUGAAUACAGUAAAAAAAAAAGUUUAUCAAUCACUUCAAUGCAUGUAAAUGUGUGCCAGAUAAAUAAAGCUACUUUUUUCUGGUGAAA